AGAUAAAAAAGCUAGACUAGCGAUUAAAGAUAGGAAUAAUUGUGGUAGAACCCUUAAUAAUAGGUCUAAUGUAAUGGAAAACUAUAGGAAAGAAAGAAAAGAGAUAUGUUUAGUUAUUUAG